AUUUUCAGUCCUAAAAUCUUGUCUUUAAAGUCUUCUUUACAUGUUUUGAGCCAAAUGAUUUCAUGGAUCAAUUUGAAACUUUCAGGGAUAUUUCUUGAUAUAGAAGUGCACAAAUGCUUAAGUCUUUGGACAUUCUGGGGAAAUUUUAAGGUGGCGAUCUUGGACUUUUUGUCCAGAAAACUAGUUACGCAACACCAUGUGUGCCAAGUAGCCACGGCGGUGUUUUAUUGAAUAGCUGCGAGGGUCAGACAGACAGCCCCAUUGUGGCCCUAGCCCCGCCUGGCUGUGAACCCGUUGACUUAAUGAUCGCAUUGGACACUAGUUGUUCAAUAACUACCCAAGACAAAGAACAAGUAAGAGAAUGGAUUAAGUUUCUGGUCAGUGGCUUUAACAUAGGACAAGGACCAAUGCAAUCACGCGUGGCAGUGAUCGCAUAUGACAAAGGCUACAGACACAAUAUGUUUUUUAAUGAGGCACAGAAUUUGGAUCAAGCGCUUGAGAAAAUAUCAAAUAUGGGACUAAAAGAAAAAGGCUGUCGAACGCACACCUAUACGGCGCUUCAGGUUGCCAGGGAGAUUUAUUUUACCACAGCGGCAGGCGCUAGGCCAGGUGUUCUUAAGCGGUUUGUUCUAAUUUCUGAUGGAGUGACAAACAGGAAAACCAAACAGAAUGAAACGCUGAACCAGGCAGUUUUAUUACGAGAGUCAGGUGUAAAGAUCGUGGUACUGUCAAUGGUUAACGCCUACGAUCCCGAGGCGGCCAACGAGUUCAAUCGGAUUGCGGAUGGUCGAGUUCAGAACAUCGUCAAUUCAAAUGAAUACACUAGUUUACUCGGUCCCCAGGGUCCGCUGCCAAGCCUUGUUGAUGCUAUAUGCACGAGAGAAGGGGGGACUGGAGGAGAUACAGGCAAUACAGUUAACCCAGCUGGUGUUACUACACAAGCGCCUACACAAGCAUCUACAUAUGUACCUACACAAGCGCCUACAAACCCUCGUAGGACUACUACUGAUCGAACCACAACAACUGUGCGUGGCGACCCUCAUGUUUCUUGCAUGCUACCAUCCGGUGACCGUAUCUGCUUUGACGCAUAUGGAGACCCUGGGAAAACAUAUCUGUUCUUUGAUGAUAAACGUAGUCGAACGAAGGUGUUGGCAACAUUUGUAUCUGUUGAGGCGUCUACAUCCAG